CAAAAGAAAAGUGUGCUGUAAAUAAAUCAACUGAGGCUGAGAGAGACACACCUGGAGUCAAGCUACUGGAGGCUGGACGCACAACUGAAGGAGUCCAGGCAGGGCUCAGCGUUUUCUUCGCAACUGUGACCAGAACAAAAUACCUGAAGAAAAGUGCAGAAAUGGAGGUGAAUGAGAACAGCAACCUCACACUUUGAGAAGAAUUGAAGAAAAAGAAAAGCUUACAGAGAGAUACAAGAGAGGAGAGUCACCAGGAGUCAAAACAAAAGAAGCCUCACGUACAAGAAUAAACAAUUAGAGCACUUUCCAAAGAUCUGAGAGGAUUUCUCGAGCACCUUCAGAGAUCUUCCCAGCCCCCCUACGUCAUGGCCUCUAUGGGGAUGCAGAUGCUGGCCAGCGCCCUGUGUCUCCUAGGUUGGGCAGGGGUCAUCACCAGCUGCAUACUGCCCAUGUGGCGGGUCACGGCCUUCGUGGGGAGCACCAUAGUUACCUCCCAGACCAUCUGGGAGGGCAUCUGGAUGACCUGUGUGGUGCAGAGCACAGGGCAGAUCAGUUGUAAACCUUACGAGUCUCUCCUGGCUCUCAGCGGAGACCUGCAGGCCGCCCGGGCUCUCGUCGUCCUCGCCAUCGUCACGGGCAGCGCAGGCCUCGUUCUGGCCUUCGUUGGAGGGAAGUGCACUCGCUUUUUGGAUGAAGAAGGAGGCGGGGUCAAGGGCAAGGUGGCAGUAGCAGCGGGGGCCGUUUUGAUUGUCACAGGGUUGCUGUGUUUGAUUCCCACAUCAUGGGCGGCCGGGUCCGUGGUGAAGAGGUUCUACAGCGCCACCGUAGAUGCUCAGCGGAGGGAGAUUGGAGCCUCUAUCUACAUCGGCUGGGGAGCGUCCAUCCUGCUUAUUCUGGGAGGGGGUUUGUUCAUCAGCUCCGCGUGCCCCCUCAAUGCCCACAACACAGACAAGAGCCCCUCUGUCCGCUACCUGGUGGUCCGCUCCUCCAACGGGUCCAGCAGGGCAGCUCAACCCAGCAGAGUACCACCAGCAAAAUCUCAGCCUGUCGGGGCGGUGCUUCCCAGGUCUCAAAGCUACGAUGGAGCUUCAACGAAGCCCCCACUGUACACAAGACCUCCGUGGGAGAACGGGCCCGUGCCGGACUCGAGACCGGAGUCAGAAGGAUCAUCGACAAAGUCUCACAUGAAAAGAGCGGAGUCAACAAAGUCUGAAAACAGUGAGGCGCCGUCUACAAAGUCUCAGCUGAAACGAGCAGAAAUGGAAGAAAUGUUAUCAGUUCAGAGCGAUAAUGAGGAUGCGUCCUCAAAUCCAGCAAGAACAUACUUAUGAUAUGACACUCAAAUGUGUAUACGCUCUUACGUGGUAAACACACAAUACAGAAGUUUUGCAUAUACGUAGGUGUUAUUUAGUAGUAGAAGUUUACUUAUUUUGUGACAAUGUACUGAGGAAAAGUAGUUCAUUGUAUUCAUCUAGUU